GUGUUUUCAUUCGACUGUUGACUUCCCUCUGCUUCUUGCUCAGGGACAACAGUUAUAAAGGCAACGGGGAACACCGUUAAAAUAAAUAAUACGCACUGGAUGCUGGGCCGGAUUGACAAAAUGAUAAAUAGCAAAAAGUGUCUGCAAUAGAUGAUGCUCCCACCCCAAAAAGUGUAUUACCACAAAGAGUAAAGGGCACUGGUGUGCAGACACUUUUUGCUAUUAAUUUAUCAAUGACAGGAGGCCUGCUGCCAUACUUACUGUAAUUACCACAGCAAGGCCAGAGCAAACAGAAAAAAGGGAGAUACAUGAACAGCUUUUUUUUUUUUAAAAUAGCUGUGGUGCACUGAGCCAUGUCUCGGUGACCUGUAGAUUGACAGCAGCUCGUUAUAUCUCCAGAGGCAUCAUUCCGGGACUCUGUGGGCCCAAGAGCGAGGCACACCAUGUGACGGGGGACAUAUUUAAAAUAGUUUGUACAGAUACGAUCUGUCCCUCUGUCACAUGUGCAACCACGAUGCAACAAAAAAUAUUUAAACACAAUGGUGUAACAUUUCUGCAUCGAUGGCUUUUGAGUGACAGCUAUUCAUAAUGGCUAUUGUGAGAUUUGCCCAUAUUGAAACAACAGUCUGUCUUUAUUCAGAUGAUUUGUGAUCAUAACAUGCAGUGUUUAAUCAAACACUGCUGUGAUGACACUUUCCGUUCAGAAAGUUGACUAUUCUUCCUUCACUCUUUGCCACCCUGCAGCUCGAUCACCCCUCGUUUCCAGAACCCAUUUCAGAGCUAUUUCAUCUUAUUUCCGGGUAUUUUCAUCGAAAAUAUGUUAAACACCUGAAGGGAUGGCCUUGUAUGUAACAGUUGCAAAUCCUUAAGUGCAUCAAGCCUGUGGCUCGUUGACCUCACCAAACUUCUACAUUCUUCUUCUGUGAUGCUUUUCCAGUAUUCCUGGUCAUGACAUUAACUUGUCUAAAACCUUGUACUUCUUUCCCCUGAUGAAAUCCUUGGUUGUUUUUUUUGGUUGUGCUUUUCUGAGGGUCUUUGUCUCUGGCUGCAAGAUGAAGGACCUCCCAGUCAGUUUGGAUGCAUCUCUCGUUACAUUGGUUGACUUAUGGCGUGCUUCCACCGAGUGGAAAGGUUUGGUUCAGUUUGAUUGCGAUGAUCGUGCUGUUUGGAGUUUUCAUCCGCUACGAUGAGGAGUCAGACACCGGACGCUGGCUGGAGCUCAAGAAGCACGAGAACAUCACCAGCGAUGUGGAGAACGACUUCUACUUCAGAUAUCCCAGCUUCCAGGACGUCCACGUCAUGAUCUUUGUGGGCUUCGGUUUCCUCAUGACUUUCCUGAAACGCUACAGCUUCGGCGGCGUGGGCUUCAACUUUCUGAUCGCCUCGUUCGGUCUGCAGUGGGCUCUUCUCAUGCAGGGCUGGUUCCACUCACUGGACCACACCACUGGAAAAAUCUAUAUUGGAGUUGAAAGUCUAAUCAACGCCGACUUCUGCUGUGCCGGCUGUCUGAUCGCCUACGGCGCUCUCCUGGGCAAAGUCAGCCCUGUCCAGUUAAUGGUCGUCACCUUAUUUGGCAUCACGCUGUUUGCUGUGGAGGAAUACAUCAUCCUCAGUCUGCUUCAUUGCAGAGAUGCUGGUGGCUCCAUGGUCAUCCACGCCUUCGGAGGAUAUUAUGGGUUGGCCAUCUCCUGGGUUCUGUAUCGACCAAAGCUGCACCAAAGCAGUCGCCUCAACGGCUCCGUCUACCACUCUGAUAUGUUUGCGAUGAUCGGUACUCUGUUCCUGUGGAUGUACUGGCCCAGUUUCAACUCGGCCAUCACGGACCACGGCGACGGACAGCACCGAGCAGCCAUCAACACCUACCUCGCCCUGGCCUCCUCUGUGCUCACCACUGUGGCCAUCUCCAGCAUGUCUAAGAAGAAAGGGAAACUAGACAUGGUGCAUAUUCAGAAUGCCACUCUGGCCGGUGGCGUUGCCAUGGGGACAUCCGCAGAGUUCAUGAUCACUCCUUAUGGUUCGCUCAUCGUGGGUUUCGCCUGCGGCAUCAUCUCCACCUUCGGUUACCUGUUUGUCACGCCUUUCUUUGAAAAAUAUCUCAAGCUCCAGGACACGUGUGGUGUCCACAACCUGCACGCGUUGCCUGGGAUGCUUGGUGGCUUCAUAGGUGCCAUUGUUGCUGCAUCAGCCUCAGAAGCUGUUUAUAGUAAAGAGGGGUUGAUCAACACGUUUGACUUUGAAGGGAAGUUCGCAAACAGAACUGUUGGAACACAGGGAGGCUACCAGGCUGCCGGCACAUGUGUGUCGAUCGCAUUCGGAAUCGUUGGGGGUGCAUGUGUUGGUUUAGUCCUGAGGUUGCCGAUCUGGGGCGACCCUGCUGAUGACAACUGCUUUGACGAUGAAGUGUACUGGGAGGUGCCUGAGGAAGAGGAGUCCAUCCAUCCCAUUCUGGAGUACAACAACCACAUGGUUCACAAACACCAGGACAUAUCCGAGUCAAACUUCUCUGUGGAGCAGAGUUAGAGCAGCAGAGCAGGAGAUCAACCCCCAUCGUCUUCAUGUCACUAUGAACUAACUGUGAAACAACAACACACUGAAUAAUGACGGAGCCUGCCACUAGAAAA